ACAUUUCCUUGAAUCCUUCUGCCCGGGUAUAAAAAGGUCCAAUUUCUCCUGUAUACUCGUAUUUUGCUCUCAUAUAGCAUUUUCUGCUUCAUUGGUGGUGCUGCGUCAAGAAGUUUCACAUCCUGAUUCUUCCGAAAAAUUUACCGAGAAGACUGUCUCUCACAAUCACGAUGGCUACCACCGCUCUCCGCUCCUCGCUGCCCAUCAGCGCUCUGCGUGCCGGCAUCUCCACAGUCCGUGCCAGUAGAGCUGGUCUCUCAGGGAUCGCUGGCUCUCGCUUCUUCGCUGCGAAGGCCACACUUCCUGAUCUGCCCUAUGACUAUGGGGCUCUUGAACCCUCCAUCUCCGGCAGAAUCAUGGAGCUCCACCACAAGAAACACCAUCAAACCUAUGUGAACUCGUACAACGACGCCGUCCAAAAGCUUGCCGAAGCCCAAGAUAAAUUAGACAUCCAGUCCCAGGUCUCAUUGCAGUUCUUGACCAACUUCCAUGGCGGUGGACACGCCAACCACUCCCUCUUCUGGGAGAACCUUGCCCCACGCAGUAACGGAGGCGGCGAGCCACCAAGCGGUCCGCUUGCAAAGGCUAUUGACGACAAAUAUGGCAGCUUGGAAGAGUUCAAGAAGAAGUUCAACGCGGCUCUGGCAGGAAUCCAAGGAAGCGGCUGGGGCUGGCUGGUCAAGGAUAAGCAAACUGGAGAUAUCAUGAUCAAGACCUAUGCUAACCAAGAUCCUGUUGUCGGACAAUUCUCCCCUCUUCUAGGAAUCGAUGCCUGGGAGCACGCAUACUACCUUCAAUACGAGAACCGCAAGGCGGAAUAUUUCAGUGCCAUCUGGGAUGUUAUCAACUGGAAGACAGUUGAAAAGAGAUUUGCCUAAAACCGAGUAACUUAGGCCCAUAGCUGGACUAGACGCCAUCUGUAUAUUAUCACACAACGGGUAUUUAAACUGUCGGGCUUUGAUUUUCAAAAUUUACAAAAGGUCAAAAUCUCUGGAUGCCUUAU